CAGUUGCAGCAAUGAAUUGCAGUGGAGAACAUCAGCUCAACAGCCCGACGGCCCGGGACACGCCGACCCUGCAGCCACUCUGGGACCUCAUCAGAAGUCGGGAAGCUUACUUGCAGUCGCCUUUUUUCCCAGUUCUUUUCUCCUUCCUGGUGUACAUGGGGUUCUGUCUGCCUUUUGUGAUCCUGGACCUGUUGGCAGCUCACGUCUCCUUGCUGAAGAAGUACAAGAUCCAGGUUCAGAGUGACCCCAGCCUGGGGAUGAUGGUGACCUGUGUGCUCCAAACCCUUCACAUUCACACGGUCUUCAUUUUCCCACUGAGUGUGAUGCACUGGUACUGGGCUACCGAGGAGCUGCCGGAGUUGGCUCCACCUUUGCCCAAAGUGGUGCUGGACAUCGUGGCCUGUCUGCUCCUGUUCGAUUUCCAGUACUUCGUCUGGCACUUGCUGCACCACAAGAUCCCUUGGCUCUACAAGACCUUCCACAAGGUUCAUCACAAGCACACGGCUACUUUCGCCCUGACCACCGAGCACUCGGGCGCCUGGGAGACUCUGUCGCUGGGGUUCUUCGCUGCCCUCAAUCCGGCGAUCCUGAACUGCCACCCGCUCACCAAGAUGCUCUUCUUCAUCACCAACAUCUGGCUGUCGGUGGAGGAUCACUCGGGGUACGAUUUCCCCUGGUCCACGCACAGGCUCGUCCCCUUUGGGCUGUACGGGGGAGCUCCCCAUCACGAUUUGCACCACAUGAAGUUUAAAGCCAACUACGCGCCUUACUUUACGCACUGGGACAAACUCCUGGGCACCUGGUCGGCGCCGCUCGACGCAUCCCAUUGAUUCAGUGCAACUGCACAAUGAACGUGGACUUUCGAAGAACUUUCCUCUGCCGGCCACCGAGAAGAGCAACAGCUUGCAAAAGCUGUCAGUGCGAUUUUUUUUUGGGGGGGGGGGAGGCGGCUGGAAGGGGUUAAUGUUGCACUUUAACGAUGGUACGACUGUUUGAAUGUAACUUUUUGUAAUGGGUGUGCAAAGACACUUUCUAAGUUAUCAAUGUAAUUAUUGGAAAAUCAUGUUGUUUUAUACCAGAAUUAAUAUAAGCUGGGGAAUUAUUUCCUACGCGAUAUGUGUUACAGAUUGUUCUAUAUUUAAUGCACAGUAUUUAAUAAUAAAAAAAAAGUUAGUUUA